AUGAUGGCAAUGGAGCAAGCGGUGCUCGAUGUUGUCCAGGAUCCAGUUGAUCUGGAGAUGGUAUUGAAGACUUGUUUGGAGAAAGAUGACUUGCAUCGUUUCCUGAGGCGUGUUUUAGGAAACGGUGGUAUAUUUGCACCCGUCGCGAUUUGGAGGAAACGAAGGAAGAUCUUAGUUCCCGCUUUUAGUCCAAAAAUAUUAGAUAACUUCGUGGAGAUAUUUUCGGAUCAAAGUGAAAUACUAGCUGCCAGAUUGGGCGAGUGCGUAGGCCGCGGCAAAGUUUGCUUGUGGCCCUACAUAAGCACUUACACGCUCGAUGCUGUAUGCGAUUUGGGAAGUUACCAGAAUCAGACCUUCCUUGAUCAUCUGAUCAGACUAUCGGGUGGUGAGAAGGGAUAUAAUAAUAUAGAAUUAAGAGAAGAAGUGCUCACUUUGACGAUCGCUGGCACUGACACGUCUGCAGUGGCCAUUGGGUAUACCCUGAAAUUACUAGGAAUGUACCCAAAGAUUCAAGAAAAAGUAGUACAGGAGAUGCAAGAAGUAUUUGGUGAUUCUGAUCGACCGUUGGUUAAAGACGAUUUGUUAAAAUUGAAAUACCUGGAAAGAGUGGUUAAAGAGUCACUUAGAUUAUUUCCUCCUGUUCCUUUUAUCAUAAGAAAGGUUUUGCAGGACAUUAUUUUACCUUCGGGAAUAGUUCUUCCAGCUGGUUCGGGUAUAGUAGUAAGCAUCUGGGGAAUUCACCGAGACCCCAAAUACUGGGGUCCGGACGCGGAAUGCUUCGAUCCAGAUAGGUUCGCACCCGAACGCUUCAAGUUGCUGCCUCCAUGCAGCUACAUGCCGUUUAGCAGUGGACCCAGGAACUGCGUAGUGAAGACUGCUCUAUCGACGAUACUUAGAAGAUACAAAAUAGUUGCUGCGGCGGAGUCUGGACCUAUCCCUCAUAUAAAAUCCAAAAUUGACAUUAUGAUGAAGGCGACCGACGACUACGAAGUAGUACUGGAAAAAAGGGAC